GGUACCCUGCAAUCGCAGCUCAAACACUGAAGUCCACCUUCAAUUAAUAAGCAAAAAGAUUUCUCUUUUUAUACAAGGUUAGUUCCCCCUCAAUGAAAUUUCAAUUGGGUAACUCAAGAAAAUUCUUGAAAUGAAGUGUCUAAAACAUUUUCGUAAAUUUUCAACCUUUCUUGAAUUACCCAAAAAUACCCACCAAAGAAAAAAAUUGGACCCAAUUCCAUUGCCUCAUAGAACUAUUUCUGAGCCUAAAGGUCAAGAUCUUGAUUUUAUUAAUGUAGCACAUAGUCACCUUAUACAUUCUGAUUGGUCUAAGCUUGAGAUUUUAGCUUCUGGUUUAACCCCAUUUAGAGUAAAGCACAUUUUAUUGAAAAUUCAAAAAGAUUAUGUUUUGUCCCUUGAAUUCUUCAAUUGGGUUGAGGUUAAAAACCCUAAUUCAAAUACCCUUGAGAAUCAUUCCAUUGUUCUUCAUGUUCUUACUAAGAAUAAGAAGUUUAAAUCAGCUGAAUCAAUUUUGAGGAAGCUUCUUAAAUCAGGUUCUGUUGAUUUUCCUGCUAAAUUAUUUGAAGCUGUACUUUUAUCGUAUCGAAUGUGUGAUUCUUCGCCACGUGUUUUUGACUCUUUGUUUAAGUGUCAUGCUCAUUUGAAGAAGUUUAGGAAUGCCAGUGAUACAUUUUGUAGUAUGAAGCAAUAUGGUUUUGUUCCUACUGUUGAGUCUUGCAAUGCUUUUAUGAGCUCAUUGCUUAGUUUGGAUAGGACAGAUGUUGCAUUAGGUUUUUAUAAGGAGAUGCGUCGGUCAAGGAUUUCGCCUAAUAUUUAUACCUUUAACAUGGUUAUGAGUGCUUUUUGCAAAUUGGGAAAACUAGAAAAGGCUGUUGAGGUCUUAAGGGAAAUGGAGAACAUAAGCUUGAAACCGACUGUUGUGUCUUAUAAUACUUUGAUUGCUGGACACUGUAACCGCGGCCUCUUGAGUGUUGCGUUGAAACUUAAGAGCUCGAUGGAGAAGAAUGGGGUAUGUCCAGAUAGUGUUACUUAUAAUGCUCUUAUUCACGGUUUAUGUAAGGAAGGGAAAUUACAUGAAGCAAACAGACUUUUUAGUGAGAUGAAGAGAAUCAGUGUGGCUCCUAAUGUUGUCACGUAUAAUACAUUGAUAAAUGCAUAUAGCCAGGUUGGUAAUUCUGAAAUGGGAAGUCGGCUUUUUGAGGAGAUGGCGAACAAUGGAUUGAAGGGUGAUAUCUUGACUUACAAUGCAUUGAUUUUGGGACUUUGCAAAGAGGGGAAGACAAAGAAAGCUGCAUUUUUGGUCAAAGAACUUGAUAAGGCAAACUUGGUUCCUAAUUCCUCUACUUUCUCUGCUUUGAUUAGUGGACAAUGUGCAAGAAGGAAUCCUGACCGUGCCUUUCAACUCUAUAAAAGCAUGGUCAGAGGAGGUUGUCACCCGAAUAAGCCAACUUUGACUCUAUUAACGUCCACCUUCGUCAAGAAUGAGGAUUAUGAUGGAGCGUUGAAAGUCUUGAAAGAGAUGGUAGAAAUAUCUAUUACCCCUGAUUUGGGUAUGUUAACUGAACUAUGCAACUCACUUCUCAGAUGCGGCAGAGAAGGAACGAUCAUAAAACUUUUACAAGAACUAGAAGCUAGACGCCUCAUGCCUGAAGGUUUUGAUAAAACAACAAUAAUUAGUUCUAUGGACUGAAGAUAUAAUGUAAAUUUUUUACAAGAAAUAGAAGCUAGACGCCUCACGGACAAAGGUUUUGAUAUAGCAACAGUGAUUAGUUCUACGAGAAGAUAGAAUUUUCCCCCAGGGGUGGCCUAGCGGUCGAUAGUUGAAGCAACAAGUCAACAACCUCGGAACCAACAUUUGAAUCCCAACUGAGGCAGCACUAGACGAGAUCUUACAUCUACCUAAGUCUUGGUAUGAUAUCCGGUACCUGUGUUGGUUGGAGAUAGUAGGUAUCUAGCGGAUUAAUCGAUACACACACAAGCUUGGCACAAACACUUUGUUUUAUCUUAGGAAGCAAAGUUGGAUAUUAUAAUAAGGAUUAAUAUAUUCCAAAUUUUGCCUUGUCCUGAUUUCUGAGAGCUCAACAUAAAUUAACUGCAGCUGUUUUACUCGUUUGACCAUUUGCUAAAUUGGUGUUGCCUCACUUAUUUGAGUGCAUCAUUAUUGUAUCCUAUAUCUGAAACUUUUGAUGCUGAUUUAGAGACAUGUCGAAAUGAUAACGAGAUUCAAGUAACUUUUUUUCACGAAGCUGCUGUAGUAAAUCUGAAUCAUUCUGGUUUAAUUUUAUAGUUGGUUGUUAGUUGUCA